AUGGGUAACGUGCAGUGCUGCGCCAGCGGUCGCUUUCCGGAAAGCAAGCCGCCAAACAAGCCGAAGAACAAGAAAAAAACGAAAGGACUUAAAGGUAUAAGCAAGGAGAGUAACGGUGUGGGUGGUGGUAAAGGCAACGGAGCUGUACAAAAAGUGGUGACCAUGGCCGAAGACAGCUCUGAAAGACCAGCUCCCACAGAGGCGCCGGUGCAAUCAUCGCCACCUAACACGGACGUUCCAGAUGGCGGUACUGUCCGGCAGGAGGAAAACUCGACGCAAGAUGCCAAUGUUGUGGAUUUUGAUACGAAUGCUCCUCGUACAGAGAGUAUGGCUGCGGCAAGAGAACGUUUUUUCAAUCAGGUACAUCCUAAGAACUACUUGUUUUCUUCCUAA